AACUCCGAUCCUACCAGAUCUAACGUCUCAGGAUAUUCGCCUAACCAUGGCGCAUGGUAGCAUCCACCACUGUGGAAAGUGAAUUUGCGAAGUAUCCACUACAAGAUCCAACACCAAUCAAAGAUCUCGUUCUCUCUCUCACACACUUACGCUAAAAACCAAAACUUCCCUGCCGAAUUCGGCAUGCUAACUUCUGACGUUUGAUCGGCGGGAUUCGAGAUAGAUUUGAGUCGUUGCUUUAGGCUUCUGUGGUUGAAAGUGUAAGGAUAGAGCGAGUCUGAUUUGACUGAUGUGGGAGAUGGAACCGAAGGGAAUCUCAUUGGGCAGAGGUGGAGUUGGAGGAGUUAACUUUGGGAAGACUGGGGAUGGGUUUAUUGAUCGCAGUAAAGUGAGAAUUUUACUUUGUGACAAUGAUUCGAAGGGUUCAGGAGAGGUUUUUACUCUUCUUCGUAAAUGUUCCUAUCAAGUGAUUUCAGUGAAAUCACCGAGGCAGGUGAUUGAUGCUCUGAAUGCUGAAGGACCCAACAUCGAUCUCAUUCUUUCUGAAGUCGAUCUUCCUAUGGCCAAAGGCUUGAAGAUGUUAAAAUACAUCAUGAGAAAAGAGUUGCAACGCAUUCCUGUGAUCAUGAUGUCUGCACAGGACGAAGUUACCCUUGUUGUCAAAUGUUUGAGACUUGGAGCAGCUGAUUAUCUUGUGAAGCCUUUAAGGACAAAUGAGCUCUUGAAUUUGUGGACACACAUGUGGAGAAGAAGGCGAAUGCUUGGUUUGUCUGAGAAGAAGCUCAUGAACUGUGAAUUUGAUGUGGUACCUUCAGACCAUAGUGAUGUUAACACAAACAGUACUGUAUUUUCUGAUGAUACAGAUGAAAAGCCACGAAAGAGUGCCAAUCUAGAGAUGUCUGUAUCAAUCCAUCGUGCAAACGAGAUUAAUGUGAUAUUAGCUCCUGGCCAUGCUGAUAAACAACUUAUUAGUUUAUUAAAUAAUCAGUCUAAUCUACCAGAAACCAAAGGCCAUCAACAAGGGGAAGUUAUGUGUGGUCCAAAGAAGAGUGAACUAAAGAUAGGCCAAUCUUCAGCAUUUCUUACAUAUGUCAAAUCAAGCAUAUUUACAAAAACUGCUCCAGUGGCAUCAAGAAUUGACAAAGUAUCUGGUGGAGAAGUGGAUCAAAAUGUUAGGCCAUGUGAUGGAGGAAAUGUUUCUCAAAUAGAAGACUUUCAUGGCAGUUCUGUGUCACCGGACGAGUCAUCUACACCUCCUCUAGAGUUUCCCAAAGCACAAAUAGAAGAAGGGUAUAAUCGUCAUUCUGGUUAUCCGUAUUACCUUCAUGGUGCAAAUGCGAUGAAUCAGGUUAUGAUGCCACCACCAUCAUCAGCAGAAGCAGCAAUGUAUCAUGUUCCACAUUAUCAUCAUCAUCAGAUGCCUGGGAUGACAUCAUAUCCGUACUACCCGGUUAAUCUUUGUGUACAACCACCACCGGGGCAGGGGCAGAAUGAGGGGAAAAUGGAUAGAAGAGAAGCAGCUUUGGUGAAGUUCAGGCAGAAGAGGAAAGAACGUUGCUAUGAUAAGAAAAUAAGGUAUGUGAAUAGGAAAAAAUUAGCUGAGAGAAGGCCUCGUGUCAGGGGACAAUUUGUGAGAAAGGUUAAUGGGAUAGAUGUGGAUCUGAAUGGGCAUCCUACAUCCACUACUCAUAUUCAUGAAUCAUGAUGAUGAUGAUGAUGAUGAUUGUUCUCCUCAAUGACUCUGGUAACAAAACAAAGAUCACCACUGGAAAUUUGUGGUGAUGACUGUUUCAGCAACAAUUCUUGAUUGGAAUAUAUAUAUGUCAGUCAGCUUCUGGUAUUUAUUAAUGAUUGUCAAUCUGAGGAAAGGAAGCCAGCAUUCUUGCACUUGUGUUGUACAAACAAAAGGGAAGCUACAAAUGGUAAAUUAAAGAUGGAGGAGGAAUCUCUACUCAUUUCAGACAUGCCUUUCCUUUUUGGAUGUUAUUAUGUACAUUUAUUUUGGUUAGGUAGCACUAACCUGUAAAAAAAUUAUAAUUUGUUUGAGGUUUAUUGAAAUAUACUUGCGUC